GUACUGCCUGAUUUUUUAUAUACCAACGCGUGCAUCGCGUGCGGCGCCGACGUCCCCUCUUCCCACCGAAACACACACACUAAUGAUAGUAUAGUCUUAGUGUUCUAGGUGGAUAAUCACCCGUCAGCAAGUAAUUACGAUGCAGCGACGUCGUCGCAGCUGGAGAAGAACUACCGCGCGCGGAGGACCAAGGACGCCAGCCACGCAACAAAUUAAGGAGGAGCUACCAAGCAAGCCAUGGCGUCCUCCUCCCGCUCCCACCAAGAAGCGGAGGAGGGGGAGCUCGAUGGCGACCGCAUCACCUCCCCACUCCUGCGGCGGAGCUCGCCGGCGCGGGAUGAGGCGUCGGAGGAGAACUCGCCGAUCGAGCAGGUGGCGCUGACGGUGCCGGUGGGCGACGACCCGGACACGCCGGUGCUAACCUUCCGGAUGUGGGUGCUGGGCAUGGCGUCCUGCGCCGUCCUCUCCUUCCUCAACCAGUUCUUCUGGUACCGCAAGGAGCCGCUCACCGUCACCGCCAUCUCCGCGCAGAUCGCCGUCGUGCCGCUCGGCCGCCUCAUGGCGGCCGCGCUCCCCGAGCGCGCCUUCUUCCCCGACAGGCCGUACGAAUUCACCCUCAACCCGGGGCCGUUCAACGUGAAGGAGCACGUGCUGAUCACCAUCUUCGCCAACGCCGGCGCCGGCACCGUCUACGCCAUCCACGUCGUCACCGCCGUCCGCGUCUUCUACGGCAAGAACCUCACCUUCUUCGUCUCCCUCCUCGUGGUGCUCACCACGCAGGUGCUCGGGUUCGGGUGGGCGGGCAUAUUCCGGCGGUACCUCGUGGAGCCGGCGGCCAUGUGGUGGCCCUCCAACCUCGUGCAGGUCUCCCUCUUCAGGGCGCUCCACGAGAAAGAAGGGCGCCAAAAAGGCAGUUUCACGCGCAACCAGUUCUUCUUGGUGGCAUUCACGUGUAGCUUCACGUACUAUGUCUUCCCGGGCUAUCUGUUUCAGAUGCUCACCUCCCUCUCCUGGAUCUGCUGGGUCUUCCCCCACUCCGUGCUCGCCCAGCAGCUCGGCUCGGGCCUCCGCGGGCUCGGCAUUGGCGCGAUCGGCCUCGACUGGGCAUCCGUCUCCAGCUACCUUGGGAGCCCUCUCGUCAGCCCUUGGUUCGCCACCGUGAAUGUCGCUGCAGGCUUCUUCAUCAUCAUGUACAUGAUCACACCUAUCGGGUACUGGUUUAACUUCUACAAUGCGUGGACCUUCCCCAUCUUCUCCGCGGAUCUCUUCACCUCGACCGGGCAGAAGUAUAACAUCUCGGCCAUCGUGGAUGACCAUUUCCGUUUCGACACGGAGGCCUAUGAGAGAAACGGGCCAUUAUACCUCAGCACGCUAUUGGCAAUCACAUACGGUGUCAGCUUUGCAACCCUUACCGCGACGAUUGUUCACGUGCUUCUGUUCCAUGGAAGAGAAAUUUUGCAGUUAAGUAGAUCAACGUUUCAAGGGGAAAAUGUGGACAUACAUACAAAGCUAAUGAGGAGAUAUAAGCAGGUUCCUGAGUGGUGGUUCAUCUGCAUCCUUCUUGUUAGCAUUGCUGCCACCGUAUUUGCUUGCGAGUACUACAUCGAGCAGCUCCAGCUGCCCUGGUGGGGAGUAUUGCUUGCAUGCGCCAUUGCCUUUUUCUUCACCCUCCCAAUUGGGAUCAUCACAGCGACCACAAACCAGACCCCAGGAUUGAACAUUGUAACAGAGUACAUCAUCGGGUACUUGUACCCCGGACGACCCGUCGCGAAUAUGUGCUUCAAGGUAUACGGUUAUAUCAGCAUGCACCAAGCUCUGAUGUUUCUUCAAGAUUUUAAACUGGGCCACUACAUGAAGAUUCCCCCAAGGACCAUGUUUAUGGCUCAGGUGGUAGGAACAUCGAUUGCGGCAUUUGUGUACCUUGGAACGGCGUGGUGGCUGAUGGACACAAUCCCCAACAUCUGCAACAUUGAGCUUCUCUCAGCGGACAACCCUUGGACAUGCCCCACUGAUCAUGUGUUCUACGAUGCGUCCGUCAUAUGGGGACUUAUUGGCCCACGCAGAAUAUUCGGGGUAUUGGGAACUUACUCGGCAGUGAACUGGUUCUUCUUGGGAGGUGCUAUUGCUCCGCUGUUGGUAUGGUUUGCACACAAGGCAUUCCCAGCCCAGAAUUGGAUCUUACUCAUCAACAUGCCCGUGAUAAUCGGUUGCACCGUCAAGAUGCCCCCUGCCACUGCGGUAAACUACACCACAUGGAUACUCAUUGGGUUUCUAUCGGGUUAUGUGGUUUAUAGAUAUCGACGUGACUGGUGGGAACGACACAAUUAUCUGCUCUCAGGUGCACUAGAUGCUGGCUUGGCGUUCAUGGCUGUCUUAAUUUACUUGUGCUUAGGGUUGGAGAAGAUUAGUUUGAACUGGUGGGGCAAUGACUUGGAUGGAUGUCCCCUAGCUUCUUGCCCCACUGCAAAAGGUAUAGUUGUCAAGGGGUGCCCAGUGUACAACUGAACAUUUUCUCAUCUGUGGUGAUCCUUGAAGAAAUUUUGGAAGUAAAAGGCAAGCAUCAAUGGAAAAUAAUGGAAUCCUUGAUCGUUUGAAAUCUA